UUUACUCUUGCACGUGUAAUAAAUGUCAAAUGGAUGUCAAAUCUUAUGCUUCAUAGAUCCGAGAAACUGUUUUAAAUUCUUUGAUUUUAAUAUUAUUUUACCGUGUUUUUAGUUAAUAAAUACUCAAAAAAUGUUUAGUGGUUUAAAGAAGCAUGUAAGCUCUAAGAAUUAUGAGACCUUGCAGAACUUGCGAUUGAAAAGCACUAAAUUAGAAGAAAUUAGGACAAAGUUAGCUAGUGGACCAUCAUUUCAAGAUUUUAUUAGAGAAGAUGAACAAAUAGAUGUUACGAAAUGGAAUGACUAUCAGGGAAAGUUAAAACGAGCCAAAGGUGAAGAUCAGAGACUUCGCUUGCCACCAUGGCUGAAAACAUCAAUACCUACAGGUACAAAUUUCAGUAAAGUCAAGACUCAAUUACGUGAUUUAAAAUUGAAUACUGUAUGCGAAGAAGCAAGAUGCCCAAAUAUUGGAGAAUGUUGGGGAGGUGGAACUCAUGGAACUUCAACUGCCACAAUAAUGUUAUUAGGAGAUACAUGCACAAGAGGUUGCAGAUUUUGUUCUAUUAAAACUUCAAGAGCUCCACCUUUGCCGGAUCCGAAUGAACCUGUUAACACAGCUACAGCUAUAGCUAAAUGGGGUGUUGAUUACAUAGUCCUCACAUCCGUUGACCGAGAUGAUCUGCCUGACGGAGGAUCCAAUCAUUUUGCAGAAACUGUGAAAGAAAUCAAAAGACAAAAUUCUAAUAUAUUAGUAGAAUGCCUUGUACCUGAUUUUCGCGGAAAUUUGGAAUGUGUUAAAACCAUUGCUAAUUGUGGUUUAGAUGUAUAUGCUCAUAACAUUGAAACAGUGGAAUCUUUGACACCUUUUGUGAGAGAUCGCCGAGCAAAUUACAGACAAACAUUGAAAGUUCUUGAAGCAGCGAAAUCAAUAAAUCCUGAUUUGAUAACUAAGUCUUCUAUUAUGCUUGGUUUAGGAGAAACUGAUGAAGAAGUAGAACAGACAAUGAAAGAUUUACGUAAUGUUGGUGUAGAUUGCGUAACAUUAGGUCAGUAUAUGCAACCAACGAAAAGACAUUUGAAAGUUGUUGAGUACGUUACUCCUGCUAAGUACAAACAUUGGGAAGAUAGAGGUGCUGAGCUAGGUUUUCUAUAUACAGCCAGUGGUCCUUUAGUUAGAAGUUCUUACAAAGCUGGCGAAUUCUUUAUAUCCAGCAUAUUAAAAUCACGUAGAGCAAAUACCAAAGCAGCUGAAUGUUAGGAAGUUAGUAAAUUAAGUUUUAAUGUUUUAUAGAUAU